GAUGACAAGUAAGUUCGCCGAUUCUCGUGCAUGCCACGGGCUUAGCGUGGAGCAUGCCCAUCUUGUGUCACAUGACGAAGCGAGCUCGGCUCAGCGUGUUUUGUAUGACUAUGAUGAGUAUGAAGCCUUCUGACAAAGGAUUGCUUGUAGAAAAUGGAUGAUAUCCUCUUUGAAGUAGUAUUUAAUAUGAUGGUGAAUUAAUGUGUGUUCUAGCUUAGCCAUGAUUGUUGUCAUAUUACACUGAAACCGUAAUGAAGAACCCUUUGAUCAUUUUCAACUAUUUUGGUUCAAAGAAUGUGUCCAAAUGUUGGGCUUGUAACCGUUGGCUUUCAACGGGAAUGUACAUGCCUGAAUGGACCACGUGCAAGACAAUGACACUGCAUAACAGAUGGACGGGCGAGCGAGCGCGUCAUGUCUCGCAGUGAUGACAUAAAGCCAGUGUCACUAUCAGUUGUUGGAUCUUCACAUGCACAAAGCAAAGCCCAGGUUCAGCUCACGACAUCGUUCAUUCAUCUGGAUGCUACUUAAUUGUGAUUUUUGUGAUGUUGUGGAAGCUGUUUGUUGGAGGCAUUGCCUGGGAAACGACACCAGAUAAACUUCAAGCAUAUUUUUCAGCAUUUGGAAAGGUAGUGGACUGUGAUAUCAAAAAAGACCAGGCCACAAAGAAACCCAGAGGCUUUGCCUUCGUUCUCUUUGAGAAUGCAUCAUCGGUUGAAAAGGUCCUGCAAACACAAGAGCACAGACUCGACAACAAGAACAUCGAUCCCAAGCCUGCCAAAGCCAUCAAGAAACCAGAAAAGAAGAAGAAGAUCUUCGUUGGAGGAAUCGGCACAGACUUAAAAGAUGAACAACUCUUGGAAUAUUUCAGCAAAUUUGGAAAUGUGGUAGAAUCGGAGUUCCCAGAAGACAAGUCGGGGAAGAGACUAGGUUUUGCAUUUUUCACAUAUGAAACGUCAGACGAAGCACAGGAUGCACAGAAGAGUAGGUUUCACACCAUAGGAACUAAGAAAGUUGAAGUAAGCGAAGCAGUAUCAAAGGAAGAGAGGCAACAAAUGAAGAUGAGAGCAGGCAUGGGCGGCAUGCGACCGGGAAGAGGAAGAGGAGGAUUUGGUCCCGGGUUCAAGGGUGGAUAUGGAAGCUACGGAGGAUAUGAAGAAUCUGGCUACUAUGGUAACUUUGGUGGUGGCGGCGGCGGUAGCUACGGCGGUGGUGGCUACGGCGGUGGUGGCUACGGCGGUGGUGGCUACGGCGGUGGCGGCUAUGGCGGUGGCGGCCAAGGAUACCAAGCUGGCCCUGGGUACUACCCUGACUAUAACCAAGGUUACAACCAAGGAGGAUACAACCAAGGAGGUGGCGGCGGCUACGGAGGAUACGGCGACUACAGCAGCGGCGGUGGUGGAGGAUACGGAGGCGGCUAUGGCGGCGGCGGUGGCGGUGGUUACGGAGGCUACAGUGGAUAUGAACAAUCAGGGCCCGGCAAAGCCCCAGUUGAUCGACGUGGGGGCAGAGCCCAACACCCCUACUCUCGCUAAAGACGUGUUUUAAGGCCAAGAAGGGGGACCCAUAUACAGAUUAACGAUGGACACUCGUAAGAAGUCGAUGCUUGCCCCUUUGCCAAAAAAAAAUUGGAAAAAAAAUUUGUACAGAAAACGAAAAUUAGGGGCAAGUGUUUGGAGUAGAGACUUGAACGAAGUGUAUUGGCGAAUGAAUUUGUGGAAUUGCUGUAUAUGUUAUCUUCCGUGAGGCGUGGCUUAUCGAUGGCGAAGGAUCCGGAGUUUCACAAGGACAACUCUUAGCACCCAUGUCUUUCUGAGAGGAGUGCAAAAGAUUCUAGCUCUUGCAAAAAAAAAUUGAUUCUUAACGUAAUUGUCCCUGUGAAACUCUACAAUAUAUGGACUCGGGGGAGGAAUGAAGAGGAUGAAAUGUAUAAUUAGCUCAUCUGUACCAAAGCGAAUCAAAACAGUUUUUUGAGAAAAAGAAAAUGAAAAAAAAAAAUUCUGCGACACAAAAACGUUUUCUGAAUGUGCAUAUGAAUCACGCAGUGGUAUUCUGGAUAUCAUUUUUUAUUUGCAAUUCUCUUCCAUCCAUGAAAAAGGAGAGAAGAGAUUAUGUGAGAGAGAAGAAAAAAGGGAUAGACAGAUUAACCGGUUGUCCUUUUUAAUGACCAAUUGUAUUAUAAUUUAACCAAGAUUUAAAACCCCUUUCUGUUCUGUUUUUGCCCCCGGUGUGUUUCUCAUCAAAUCAAAUCAUUGCCUUGUUAAAAUGUAUGUCAUAUUUUUCUUGCAAUUAUAAGCUUUGUAUUUGUGAAAUUUUUCCUAUCUAGUGGCUUGGCCUUUCUUAUGUAACUUCCAUUUAUUUCAUGUAGUAAUUUUUUGCCUUGAGUUCUAAUUGGUUAAAAUAAAAUUCCAUUCCUAUUGGUAUUUUAAAAACUCAAGUCCUGUAAAGGCUAGUGUUAAAUUCUCCAUCUCUUCCGUUUUGUGUUUUUUUAAUGAAUUUAAGAUAAACGUAAUUUUAAGAUUUAACAUAAAAUUAAGAUUAACAUCUAAGAUAAAACAUAAUUUGAUAUUACUUGCAAUUAAAUACAAAAUCUAAAAUUGAGUUCCCAUUUUUAAUCAUAGGAUUUAGUAUGUCUCUUGCCCCCUUAUAAAUAUAAAAUCAUAACACAGUUCACCAUUUUAAUAUAUUAUGUACAUGACGUGUGGGAAUUGGUAAGAUGUCUUCUUCGAAAAAGGAGGCAAAUCGCCACAUUCCAGUAUUUAUGUGAAAUGGGCCGUGCACUGUCGAGUGAAUAUGAUGCAAUUUGCCAAACGACACGACUGCCCAAAAGUUUUAUGUUAUUUUUUAUUGACUGAUUUUUUUUAUCUUAUCAAUUUUUUUAUACAAAA